GCGGAUAAAAGCGCCAAAACACGAAAAACGAAGAAUCGAAAAAGCAUUAAAGUCGUUCGCGCUACGUGAAUCAGUUAUCAGUGGGAUUAACCACGAUUCGGGCGGGAUUUCAAAUUCAAACCGUUUCGGUGCGUCGUAGAGUUCCAAGUGAUCGUCGUAGCGGUAGAAAGGUGAAAAAUCCCAUCGAACCAAGGGCGUAGCGAAUACCAUAGGCCCCCCACACUCCGUGGGCAAGGUCAGCUCCAUAAGAUCCACAGUACUGACUUGAGGACCAAGGCACUUCAACCCAUAGAAGUUGACCAGUCGGUGAGGAGAAGGACCAAGAGCAGUCGCCUGAUAUCCUGUUGCUGCAUGCGCCACUCCACGCGGACAGUGGACAGCGAAGUGAUCCAUUUAGAAGGGGAGGCAAUAAGUGGCGAUCAGCAGGUGCCGCACCUUGGACCACUGAAGCUGUCCAGCUCAUUGCCCACCACUCCGCAGUUGGGACAAAGGGUGGUGCGAGGACGUGGCUACAAGAAGCUCUCAUGGAAUGACCAGCCAGGCCGGGAACCAACCAUAUCAAUGAUCGCCCAGGGCCAGGAGGCCAGGGCCAAUCCGCCGCUCACCUAUCUCAGCCACAACAAUAAUAACAACAAUGAUGAUGAGGAGGUGUACGAUCCCAUUGCCAAAUACUUUGCCAACACGCAGCAUCAAAAGCUAUCUCCUCGCAUCGCUGCGAAAAGCUCACGGAUUCUCUGCGAGAAUUGCUGUGGGGAGAGGCAGCAACAAGUUGGCAGCUCUAUGGACCGCCAAAAGCAACAGCAACAGCAGCAGCAGCAGCAGCAACAGCAACAGCAGCAACAUCAUCAGCAGCAGCAGCAGCAACAGCUGCCGUUUGGGGACUACGAUUCAGUGUCCGAUUUGUCGUCGUUUCGCUUUGUCUUCGAUGGGGAGGAAGUCGAUUCCACGAGGCGCGUAUUAGUCGAUGCUCAUUAUGAGGAUGCCGCUGACGAUGACGAUGACGUUGCGCGGCCGCCGGUUAUAGAAAUAGAAAAGCGGCAGCCAAACACAUCAACAACGAAAACGGAAAAAUCAACAGUGGCAAUAGCAACAGCAACAUCGUCUUUGGGAGACGCGUCAUCGCCAGUGUUGUCCCUGUCAUCCGAAAUCAGCGACGAGUCACCAGCAAUUUGUUGUUAUACAAUUGACAAAAAACUGUCACAGCAGCAGCAUCUGAAGCAGCAGCAGCAGCAGCAGCAACAGCAGCAACAUCUCAACCAGCAGCAGCAACUGCAACACUACAAUUCCUGUGCCACCGUUAGCCAUCGAAGCUAUCGCCAUCCGCCACCAGUUCCUCCAAAACCGCGUGUCUAUAUAGACUCUUCUGUAUCCGAUGAACCAGCUCUGAAGACCCGACGUUUGGUCUGCCAUCAGCAACAGCAGCAGCAGCAGCAACAUCAUCAUCAUCAUCAUCAGCCACCUGCCAACUCCCCUCACUUUCCACCUCGAAUCUAUCCCGCCAACAGCUGUUGCCUCCCCAAGGAUUACAAUCCCUAUGCCUUCGAGGGAAACUUCAGCAAUAACAUAAAUUACAAUUGUCGUUUCGGUUCAAGUGGGGAUUGCACUUGGGGAUUGCUGAAGGGGCCGCGAUCCCUAUGCUAUGAUCGACACGGCCGCCUGACCUUCGACUCGGAACCGGAAGUGGUGGUAGAAAAGAGCAACGGAGUGCAGAAAUCACUGAGUGAAUCGCGUUUGCAAGUACAAUAUUACGCAGAGCCCAAAGUUCCUUACGAUCCCUAUACCGACUUAUCGCGUGUGACCGCAAAUGUUAUAAACCCCGAUAGAAGCGACCGGGAAAGUACGUUUUCUCUGCCCCAGCAACACAAUCGUGAGUGCAAUGCACUGAUCCAAGUGAAUCCCAUAAACCAAAUCGCCUAUAAUCAUCUAAACCAAGUUAAGCGGAACCAUAUACUCCUGCCCUGUCACUGCAAUUCCCAUGUGGAUGCUCCAUACGAGGUUAACAAGGAGAACGGGCACACAAUGGAGAAACGACGUAAUACCCUGGACCGCUUUCAGCGCCUUGGUUUUGGACGUAAAUCAUCACCAGCUGCCCCAGCCUCCACCUCCGCAUCCACGUCCACGUCCUCUUCCUCGCCAUCCACUUCCGGUCCGGAGAAGCAGCGCAAGACGUCGGAUCGCUCGGAGCGUCUGCGCGAGCUAACAGAACUUUUGCGGGGCGGAGGAGGUGGCGGCAGCAGUUCCCGCGCCUCCUCCACGCCCACUCCGCCACCGCCGCCGCCGCCGCCACCAGUGCCACCGCCACGAAAGCCCCGGACAUCCCACCUGGAGCGCCAGGAUACGGGUGCCAGUCAGACUUCCGAGUCGGAGGCGGGCAGCAUUCAUCACAGUGGAGGGGGAGGAGGAGGAGGAGGAGGAGGAGGUGGCAGUGGCAGUCUCAGCACCGCAGCCCGCAUCUUUGCCUCGCUGCGGCCAAACACCAGUCUCUCCAACCUGGAGGCCUUCAUGCUGAGCAACCGCGAGAAGUCCAAGUCCCCGCCCCCACCUGCGCAGCAGAAUCAAAACCAUCGACCUGCGGCCAGCAGAUGCGUAGAUGCGUCGGCCACUGGCGGCAGUGCCAGUUUCGAGAGCACGGCGCUAGCAUCUCGGCCGGAUUCACGCAGUGCGCACCACAAGGUGGCACCAUUUCGCUCCGUUUCGUUUUCGCAAAUCGACUGCAAGUCCACGCUGAGCGCUCUAAGGGAUCGCCUUAAGCGGGACAAGGCCAUUGAGGCGCCCAGUCCCAGUCCUACGCCCUCUAAAGAAGAGGAACAGGCGUCUCAUCAUCCCGAUCCCGGUUGGGUGCGAAUACCGCUGAAGAAGGCUGAACUUAGCAUCAAUCUGAAUUACGGCCAGGAGAAGUCUCUGGAUCACGACGCCAUCCAGGAGGAGGACAUCUUUAGCAACGAGUUGACUGCCAGUGGCAGCUCGGGCAUCCUGUUCCCAGUGGCUGGUGCUGCUGCCACCGCCAGCAGUGUGAUAGCCGCCCAUGCCACCAUGGAAUCCCUGACGGACACCAUUCAAUCCGAGAGCGAUUGCCUGAUUAAGGAGGAAGUGCAGCCGCAAAUACAUCCGGUCUUGGAGAUCACACCACCCACCUCGUCGGUGAGUGGCAGUGCACCCAAUUUGGCCACUUUGAUGGAGGAGCAGCUGCCUCUGGAGGCACCACCGGAUAACUUUCUGCAGACAGCCACCACCUGCGAGAUACCAGUGCCCGUUUAUGAGUGUGCCGCCCAAGAAUGGCUGGAGACUCCGGCCCAGGAAUGGGUAGAGGUGGCCCCCGAGGAGUUUGGCAUUGUGCCAGAGACCAUACAGCCACCCAUUCCGCAUGCAGCCUGCAAAAUCUCCCAGACGCCCUCGACUCUGACCACAGCUGUGCGGAGUGACCUGGUGCCCACCAUAUCGGUGAGUCGAUCCUCCGAGGAGGGUGACGAGCUGGCCAAGAUCGAGGAUGUGCCGCAAGUGGAGGUGGCCACCACGGCUAAGAAUCCCUCGGUGGGGCAGCACUGCAAGCAGUAUAGCCACGAUGAUCUGGACCUGACCAAUGUGGAUCUGAGGAGCUCCCUGGAGGCCAUAGCCACACCGCGGCACAGCACGGAUGAGCGGCAGAGGAGGCACCUGGACAAGUCCACCAAACGAAAGGGGAUGUACAUAGACAAUGCGGAUUGGCAGGCUCCAACGGAGCCACCACAACGUGGCCUUGCUCUGGACAUUGGUGUGGCCAAUCUGAAUGCCAUUAAGCCGGAAUCCCCGGAUGUGAACACGCCCGGCGCCUCGCAGAUGUACAUCAGCAGUCCCCAGAGCUCCUAUUCCUUUGAACUGAACACCCCCGAGCUGGAGAAGGGUUCCCCUUCCUGGGGCAGCGGCGGCUUGGGUCGCGACAAGGCCCAGCUGCUGAGCAACUUCAGCUGCCACAGCAGCGAAGAGAAGGACGAUGCCUCCAGUCGCAGCCUCAGCUUCCUGCGCACCGACUCCACCUCGGACAACGAGUGCGACCGGGCUGCCAGGGAGCGGGAAAGGGAGCGGAUCACCUCGAGUCCCACGCCCAGCGGAGGCGACUACGACUACAAGCGGUUCUCGAAGCGACCCCUCAGGGGUCCCUAUGGCCAGAUGCUGGAGGCGGAGAUGAAGAAGCCCAACCGGAUGCACUUCGAGGAGAUCCUCGAGGAGCUGCGCGAAACCGACAGCUUGCACCUGCGUGGAUCAGCUCCUGGUGGGGCAGCCUGUGGCUCGGGUGGUGCCUCCCGCAAUCUGCCGCAGCACUCCAACUCCAUGAGGGUGCGCAAGACGAGUACCUUUUUGCCGGUGCCAUCGCAUGCUCGAGCGGCUUCAACACCAUCGCAGCUGGAGCACACCAACAAGGCCAUUUCCGCGGCCACCGCCCAGAUCUCCGUGUCCGCCAAGAACCUGAGCGAGGCGGAGUUGGAUGACCAGCUGCACCACAUGAAGCGCGCCGCCUCCGAGGCUCCGGCCCCCAAGUCGCACCACAGCAAGCGCAGCCAGUCGAUGAGCACGGAGCGACCCAGUCUGCACCACCAUCACAGUCACGGUCACAGUCACGGCCAUGGUCACAGCCACAGUCACCAUCAUGCCGGCAAGCGGAGUAUGGAUGCAGGAUCUGCAGAUAAGGCAGCGAAGAAUUCUCCCCCCGCUGGAGGAGCUUCGGAAUCUGGAUCAGGAUCAGGAGGAGGUGGCAAGGCGGGCCUAAAGCCAUCGCCUGCUUUGUUGGCCGAGCUGCUGAAGGGAUCCAGUGAGAAGAUGGUCUCCGAGCAGCGGAAGAAAACUAUAGCGGACACACGCACCUAUGUGGUGCAAGAGAUCUAUCGCAAUGAGCAAAUCUACGUGGAAUCCCUGCAGACCGUCGUUGUCAAGUAUCUGAAAGUGCUCAAGGCCCCCGAGCAUGCCGGCAUGAUAGACACCCGCACGGUGGAUGAGAUCUUCUUCAUGGUUCCCGACAUCCUCGAGAUUCACGAGAAGUUCCUGGGCGACCUGAAGAGCCGACUGGAUGACUGGGAUGUUCAGCAGAAAGUGGGCGAUGCAUUCAUGGACACGUUUUCCAAGCUAGAGGUCCUGGAGGUCUACACAUCCUUUGUGAACAACUGCAAUCGGGCCAAGAACGCCAUACGCUCCAUGAAGCACCAGCGACCCUCGUUUUCCAAGUUCCUCGAGUCCACAGCUCGGGAGCACAAGGGCAAGCUUACCCUGGACAAUCUGCUCAUCAAGCCUGUGCAAAAGUUUCCCAACUAUGAACUGCUCUUCCAGCGAUUGAUUAAGCACACGGAUCACGAUCAUCCGGAUAAGAAGCACUUGCAGGAUGUGCUCAAGCUGGUCCACGACAUUCUGGUCCACAUCAACUGCAAGGAGCGCGAGAUCAUGGAGAAUGGACAAAGGGAGGCCACGCUGCGGGAACUGGAGGGCGUCAUCGAGGGCAUCACCGAUCUUAUAGCCCCCGAGAGGCAGUUCCUGCUCUUCGACCUGGUAUCCAUGCCAUCGGGUCAGGGGGCGCGCAAGGAUCGUGGCUUCUUCCUGUUCAACGAUCUGCUCGUUCUCACCAGCAUCAAGAAACGAAGCGGCACCAUCCGCAAGCCCAACAGUAGCAUCUGCCCGGGCACCGUGGCCACCACCCUGGACACCAACAAGUACAAGUUCCUCACCAAGAUCUCGCUGGACUGCCUGGAAAUUGUUAAAUCCAAGGACGAAAACAUCAAGCGCAUCGUCAGCGAAAUCGAGACUUUGGCCGAAGACUGCAAUAAACUGCAGCAAAUCACCGAUAUAACCGUCACCCUUAAGUACCCGCAUCAGUAUCUGGAGGAUGUAAUCCGCGAGCUCCAUCGCGAUGUCCAGCGACAGCUCUCCGAGCGCCAGACAAACGACACCCAGCUGAAUAUGCUCGAGCUGACAGUCAGUUCUCCAAAUGGCAACCAGAAGCUGACCGUGGUCUUCAACAAGACGGAGAAGCGCACGCAAUGGGAGGAGAGCUUCAACGAGGCCAAGCAAAAGCUGGCUGCCACCCUGGAGCGACAUCCCAUUCCCGAGUUCCUCACCUCCAUACCCAUCCGCAAGACCCGCGCCGGCCUGCAGUUCACCUGUGCGGCAGCCACGCUGAGCGACAAUCGAGAUGUCUGGGUGUGCAACAGCGACGGCUAUGUGGGUCAGGUGUGCAUCAUGUCGCUGCAUCCGGAACCGAAUGUCACCAGUUGCAAUGGGGUCUGCAAUGCUCGCAUCCUGUGCGUGGCCUCCGUUCCGGCGUACAGCUCAUCGGCCUCGAGUCGGAAUAGUAGUGGUGAGCAGUCAGGAUCCGGUGGCCAGGAGGAGAAGGACAAGCGGAACACUCCCCAGAGCUACACACAGCAAUUGAGGGACUAUCGCAAGAGCAUCUCGCCCAGCUUCCAGAGUGCCUCCGCAUCGGCAACGGCGACGCCCGAGAAGAAGAAGCUCACGCCCACGCCCACGCCGGUGACAAGUGGUGGUGGUGAUCCUGCUGAUCCUUCGGCUACCUCCGCCGGCGGCAGUGAUCCUCAGCUGGAACUGAAUCUGAGCUCCAGCGACGAUGAAACAGAGGCUGCAGCCGCCUCGCUGAACGUCGCCGGAAGCGCUGGUACGGGAUCUGGAGGAACUCUGGGGGAACGUGUUCCCAGUCCUGCGCCCUCAUAUCAUGGGCAUCAGGACUCGAAUCCCGAGGAGGGCGAGAGCAAUCAAUCAACCAUGUGGAUUGGCACUGAAGACGGCUGCAUCCACGUUUACAAUAGCACUGACAAUAUUCGCAUUAAGAAAAACCGCAUCAAGAUCGAGCACCAUUCGGCCGUCUAUUCCAUUUUGUACCUGGACAAUCGUGUGUUUGUAUCAUUAGCAAAUGGUGAUAUCUGUGUUUACCUGAGAGAUGGUGCCACCUCCUGGAAUACUUGCUCCUCGCAUUGCCUCUCCAUAGGCACUGUCACCAGUCCGGUGAACAAGCUCUUGAACGUCAACGGACGACUUUGGUGUUCCAUUCAGGGUAUUAUCAAAGUGUUGGAUGUGGAGACCUUAACGGUAAUCAAUCAAAUACAGAUUUCAUCGGACUCGAAGCCGAUCACAAACAUGACAGUCUCAAACAAUCAUGUGUGGAUAUCCAUACAGAACUCAGCACACAUCAAGUGUUUCCAUUCCAAUACCCACCAACUGAUUACCGAAGUGAAUCUAGCCCCCGCCGUUAACAAGAUGCUUUCGAAUUGCGAUGAAAUCAUCCGGCAGCACAAGGCCGCCUGUCUGCGGGUCACAUCGCUGCUGUGCUGCAAGGAUCUCAUCUGGAUUGGAACCAGUGCGGGUGUUUUGCUUACCAUCCCGGCGCAGGGUUACGAGAAGGGUGCCAUUAACAUUGUGCCGACAGGCAUUCCACAUGGUCAUACGGGACACGUAAGGUUCCUUACCUUUGUGGAAACCACGGGAUUGGAGGGAGCUGCACCUGGUGGAGGCGGAGGUCGGGAUGCAGGCGGCUCCACCAGCGAUGAGUACUCCAAACAGGGGUCCAUUAAGCACUCCAAGUCCAAGUCGGAGACGAACAACACCCUGAUCAUUUCCGGCGGCGAUGGCUACGAGGACUUCCGCAACUCCGGCGCCAACUCGCUGAGCGAGAUCGCCGGACGUGAGGACAGCACCAACCAUCUAUUGAUAUGGCAAAUUUGAAGCAGAAGGCGUAAAAACCGCUGGAGGCUCCUGCUCUCGCGCUGGAAGAACAACAACUGAGAUCGCCUCAGUGGGUGUGUCCUUUGGCCAGCGCUCGAGUGGAGAGCCCGGCGGUUUUUAUGGGCCGAGCAUUGAUCGAGAUCGAUAUCCAGAUCCCCAUCCCCAUUCCCCAGGAGAUCUGCAGCAGCUGCUAAGCUGGAAAUUAGUAGGAUUAGCUGACGGACAACUUGUCGAACCGAGGGCCAAACAGGACGGCUGUACAGAUGAGUUUGGAUUGCUGGCAGAUGGAAGAUUUCACCUGUUUGGCAUUUGAUGUAUUAUGUGACUACCCCCAAUCACACCCGACUGGUCACCAAAAGCAGUGCCAAAACAAACACAUACGACUCCUGCGAUUUGGGAAGCACUUUCAAUGUACAUACAGAUCGCACCGCUGAAGAGGAGGUAUACCAACUCGAUUCCACGGCAAAGUACGAUAGAUAUUUUUGUAUUGCUUAUAGCAGGCAGACUAAUUGUAAAUCUAAAAACCCCAUUCAAGUGUUAAAAGUUCGAGUCUAAGUUCGUUUGAAUUGAAUACUACAGGUCUAAGUGUAACAUAACAUAAAUCAUACAAAAUUGUGUACGAGUUUAUCCAUCUGAGGUUCUGAUGUUCUGAUGUUCGAUCCCCCCUGCCCUGCAUUAAUCGAAUUUAUAAACUACAAACCACUCAAGGGUCAUGUCACUUAUGUUCGCGUGUGUCUCUCGAAAACAAUGAGUACGCAUGCCCAGGAUAGGCUUGUAAAAAUAAUGAAAAUCGUAGUCUAAGCAUCUCCCUAUUUUUAUUGUAUACAUACGCGCGUAAUAUAUACAUAUACAUAUAUAUAUAUAUAUAUUGAUAACUAUAUCGAUAACUGAUUAAAUGGCGUUUAUAAAGUUUAUUGUAAAACCUAUUUCAUGCAAGAGAAUUGAAUUUGAAAAUUGCAAAUUUUAACAUAAAUACGAGUGAUAUUCAAGUUUUUGCUAAAGUUUUUUGGGCAUGUACAAAACGUUAAACCCACACUAAACACUCACACCACCCCACCAUCCUAUCCCACCCAACCUAUCCUUACCUAAAUCUAAAUACAACCCACUAAAAUAAACAUAUAUAUAUAUUUUUUCUAAUUGAAUAAUAAAUUGUAAGUUGUGCGCACCCCAAAAUCAAGCAACUCAAGCGACCCAUCAAUUGGCGGUCGCCGUCUCAAGCUCGAUCGUCUGUCUAAGGUAGCAAAUUGUAAUAAUUUAAGUAUGAAUAUAUUUCUAUGUUAUAGUCUGGUUGGUUAUUAACAUUAAUCAUUGUUCAGUGCAGUAUUUCAAGUGUAUGCUAAGCUCUACCACCAUCGAUUGUCCCAACAUCCGAAACCACUAAACAACACUAAACCACAUCAACAUACACCGAACCACCGAGCGCGGUUUCAUCUGUUAUUUGAGUGGCCAAAACGCAUCCUAUGAAAUGUAUAAAAUGCAUUUUCUCAUAUUCAGUGAACAUCUGACAAUUGUUAUCCUACCUCUGCGAAUACCAAGGUGUUAAAUAUAUAUAUUAUACUCGAGGUAUUGCUCUCGGCCGACGUAGAAUGAUCCUAAAAAUGGGAUCAUCAGUAGUGGAGAUCAGAAGCUGGAGCUGAAACAGGAGAAACUCCCUAAAUGAGCUGUAAUAAUAGAAUCUAAAACAAUAAUUCCCCCCUUUGCCAAGCUGCAUUGUAAGGUUCAAUAAUAAAUUGUAAAUGUGUUGAAGAAAAAUAAAUAUAUAUUACUUAUAUGGAGGCGUAAGCAUGUAUUAUGAUUAUGUUUGUAUCAUCUACAAUAUUAAAUGGAAUCUUUA